UCUAGGCGUUCGGUGUCCGGCCGCGUGCAUGCAUGCACGAGGAGCGGAGCGGAGCGGGUAUUGGGGAUCCAGCCACCGGAGGACUGAGCGAGCGGGCGAGUACAAAUAACCCCACUCACCGGAGCCACGCACCGUUCGUUUCCUUGAGUCCCGUCACUUUCGCCCGCCCGCCCCACACACUACAACCAGGAGCCUCGAUCUGCCAGUGAAGAAGAAGAAGGACACUCACGAAUGCCCGGCCGGCGACUGUGAGUACGCUCCCGUCCAGGAAGAAGAAGAAGAAGAAGAAGCAGAAGAAGAAGAAGCAGAAGAAGAGAUCAGACCAGUCGUCUCUUGCUGCAGGUAGCCACACCCUGCGCGCGCCAUGGCGGCUCUGGUCACGUCCCAGCUCGCCACCUCCGGCACCGUCCUCAGCGUCACCGACAGAUUCCGGCGUCCAGGUUUUCAGGGCCUGAGGCCCCGGAACCCGGCGGAUGCGGCGCUCGGCAUGAGGACUGUCGGAGCGAGCGCCGCCCCAAAGCAAAGCAGGAAACCGCACCGAUUCGACCGGCGGUGCCUCUCCAUGGUGGUGCGCGCCACGGGCAGCGGCGGCAUGAACCUCGUGUUCGUCGGCGCCGAGAUGGCGCCCUGGAGCAAGACUGGCGGCCUCGGCGACGUCCUCGGGGGCCUCCCCGCCGCCAUGGCCGCCAACGGUCACCGGGUCAUGGUCAUCUCCCCGCGCUACGACCAGUACAAGGACGCCUGGGACACCAGCGUCAUCUCCGAGAUCAAGGUCGUUGACAGGUACGAGAGGGUGAGGUACUUCCACUGCUACAAGCGCGGGGUGGACCGCGUGUUCGUCGACCACCCGUGCUUCCUGGAGAAGGUCCGGGGCAAGACCAAGGAGAAGAUCUAUGGACCCGACGCCGGCACCGACUACGAGGACAACCAGCAGCGCUUCAGCCUUCUCUGCCAGGCAGCACUUGAGGUGCCCAGGAUCCUCGACCUCAACAACAACCCACACUUUUCUGGACCCUACGGGGAAGACGUGGUGUUUGUGUGCAACGACUGGCACACGGGCCUUCUGGCCUGCUACCUCAAGAGCAACUACCAGUCCAAUGGCAUCUAUAGGACGGCCAAGGUGGCAUUCUGCAUCCACAACAUCUCGUACCAGGGCCGCUUCUCCUUCGACGACUUCGCGCAGCUCAACCUGCCUGACAGGUUCAAGUCGUCCUUCGACUUCAUCGACGGCUACGACAAGCCGGUGGAGGGGCGCAAGAUCAACUGGAUGAAGGCCGGGAUCCUGCAGGCCGACAAGGUGCUGACUGUGAGCCCCUACUAUGCUGAGGAGCUAAUCUCUGGCGAAGCCAGGGGCUGCGAGCUCGACAACAUCAUGCGCCUCACUGGGAUCACCGGCAUCGUCAACGGCAUGGACGUCAGCGAGUGGGACCCCAUCAAGGACAAGUUCCUCACCGUCAACUACGACGUCACCACCGCGUUGGAGGGGAAGGCGCUGAACAAGGAGGCGCUGCAGGCCGAGGUGGGGCUGCCGGUGGACCGGAAGGUGCCCCUGGUGGCGUUCAUCGGCAGGCUGGAGGAGCAGAAGGGCCCCGACGUGAUGAUCGCCGCCAUCCCGGAGAUCGUGAAGGAGGAGGACGUCCAGAUCGUUCUCCUGGGCACCGGGAAGAAGAAGUUUGAGCGGCUGCUCAAGAGCGUGGAGGAGAAGUUCCCGACCAAGGUGAGGGCCGUGGUCAGGUUCAACGCGCCGCUGGCUCACCAGAUGAUGGCCGGCGCCGACGUGCUGGCGGUCACCAGCCGCUUCGAGCCCUGCGGCCUCAUCCAGCUCCAGGGAAUGCGCUACGGAACGCCGUGCGCCUGCGCGUCGACAGGCGGGCUCGUCGACACUAUCGUGGAAGGCAAGACCGGGUUCCACAUGGGCCGCCUCAGCGUUGACUGCAACGUGGUGGAGCCGGCCGACGUGAAGAAGGUGGUCACCACCCUGAAGCGCGCCGUCAAGGUCGUCGGCACGCCGGCGUACCAUGAGAUGGUCAAGAACUGCAUGAUACAGGAUCUCUCCUGGAAGGGGCCUGCCAAGAACUGGGAGGACGUGCUUCUGGAACUGGGGGUGGAGGGGAGCGAGCCGGGCAUCGUCGGCGAGGAGAUCGCGCCGCUCGCCCUGGAGAACGUCGCCGCUCCCUGAAGAGAGAAAGAAGAGGAGCUUCUGGUGCAUGGAGCAUCCAUCCAAUCUGCAGGGUUCUCGUAUGGGGAGAUAGCCGCUUGUUGUAGUGAAGAAGGGCCGAUAUAUAUAUAUAUAUAUAUAUAUAUAUAUAUAUAUAUAUAUAUAUAUAUAUAUAUAUAUAUAUAUAUAAUAUAGACUAAUAAGUACUUUAACUUUUGUUGUGCCGCUUGCCUCUUUUACAAACAAAAAAGGAGUUAGGGGUUGUGCCUAUGAUAGUGUGCUGAAUUGUGCUUGCAUUUUGGUGUGGUAUAUUGCAAUAAACAAAGGAUUUGUUAUGUGUUUUUUUGCAAUUGUUUCUCCGUGUUUGAGUCGAA